GGCGCUUCCCGCCCUGCGCGGCCCCUCAGCGCCGCCCGCCAUGUUCGCGGAGCUGAACGAGCUGCUCGGGGCCUCCCCGGAGCGCCCGGACGCGGGUAAAUUCACACUGCUGCGAGACACCCGGACAGAUGGCAGCUUCCUGGUGCACCACUUCCUCUCCUUCUACCUCAGAGCUGGCUGCAAGGUUUGCUUUGUGGCCCUGCUCCAGUCCUUCAGCCACUACAACAUCGUGGCACAGAAACUGGGUGUCAGUCUGGCAACUGCCAAGGAGCGGGGACAGCUUGUCUUCCUGGAGGGCCUCAAGUCCUGCCUUGACCUCCUGUUUGGGGAGGAGGAGCAGCCAGGGCAGCCCAGUCCUCUGCAGUUUCUGAGCGGGAGCACCUCUGACCUCCGAGCCUUGUUUGACUUUGUGCGGGUGUCCCUGGCCCCCAGUGCCGGUGAUUCCUGGAAAGGCCCCGUGCUGCUGGUGGAUGACCUCAGUGUCCUGCUGAGCCUGGGGGCUGCACCGGUGGCCGUGCUGGACUUCAUCCACUACUGCCGCAUGUCCGUGUGCUGCCAGCUGAAGGGGAACAUCGUGGUGCUGGUUCACAGCAACGAGGAUUCGGAAGACGAGGAGAAUGAACUGCUUGUGAACGCCCUGUGUCAUCACAGCGACCUCAUCCUGUGGGCAGAGGGGCUGGCCACCGGCUUCUGCAAGGAUGUUCACGGGCAGAUUAAGAUAAUCAAGAGAUUGUCCUUGCGGCAGGCGGGGGAGCAGGAUCUGGUCCAGAUCUACCAGUACAAGAUCCAGGACAGGAACGUCACCUUUUUCGCACGGGGGCUGUCGGCUGCGGUCCUGUGACAAUGCCAUCCUGUGACACUGCAGUCCUGUGACAAUGCCAUCCUGUGGCACUGUGGUCCUGUGGCACUGCCAUCCUGUGUCACUGUGGUCCUGUGGCACUGCCAUCCUGUGACACUGUGGUCCUGUGACAAUGCCAUCCUGUGGCACUGUGGUCCUGUGGCAAUGCCAUCCUGUGUCACUGUGGUCCUGUGGCACUGCCAUCCUGUGUCACUGUGGUCCUGUGGCACUGCCAUCCUGUGACACUGUGGUCCUGUGACAAUGCCAUCCUGUGACAGUGCCAUCCUGUGGCACUGCCGUCCUGUGACAAUGCCAUCCUGUGACACUGUGGCAGCUCAGAGCCCGGGAAUGGCAGUCCCUGCCUCUGCAGAGCAGCAGCAGCACCUCUCAGCAGCAGCACAGCAAACUGACCCGGCUGGGAAGCUCACACUCACCUGGAAGCGGUGCCAAGGUGGGAUCAGCCUGCCUGGAGCCUGCUGCAUCCCUUUGUCCUCCCACCCUGUUCCCAACACACUCAGGCCAAGAAAGGGAGCAAGAACUUGCAGGAAUGGCCCUUAGAUCGUGUAAAUACAGGCAGGAGGUGCCCCGCGGGCUGGGUGUGCCCGGCCUCACCUUUUCCGCUGUGUUGGGCACGGCAGUGCCAGGCGCUGCACGAAGAGCACGGGGACGGGGGAGAUGACACACAGCGGGUGGAGCAGGGAGCCUGGCGCAAUCCUCUCCCUGCUCCCAGCUCUGGCUGGCAGAGAUUGGCCAGCUCCCAGCUCCCAGCAGUUGGUAAAUGCAUGGCUCCAUGUACAGCCCCUUGCCUGGCUGUGCUGAGACCUGGGCGCUGCCCUGGUUUAUCCCCUGAGGCUGCCCGAGCUCAUCCUGGGCUUUGUGCUUGGGUAAACCCCUCUGGGAGCCUGUCUCAGCCACUGCUUCCUCACCCCAAACCCUGACUAGCAGCUACAUGACCUGCCUGUGCUGAAGCAUUUUUGUAAAAUAAUAAUCUGUAAUUUUUGUGAGAUAAGGGUACUGUGAUUAAGUAACUGCAGAUCUCUGGGUGGGAACUGCUCCCUGCCUGCUCCUUGGCAGGGAUCAGGAAUGGGCAUCUCCCAAGCCUGGAUGUGGAGAGCCCUUCCUCGUGGCUGUAAGGGCAAUCCUGAGAGCAGGGAUUUCCAGGUCUCCUGGUCCACGCUCCUGCUGGGAUAUCCCAUUUAUCCUGGGAGAUAAAAACAUCCCAUGCGCUUGUGAGAGUCCAGAGCAACCUGCCAGGUCCUUGCAGCUCCGGAGCUGGGAUAGCAGCCUUGGCAGCAGCACACAUUCCUGA